CGUGCCUCAACUGUCACUCCUCUCUGCUCCUCCUCAUCGCUCAGCUGCAGCCUGGUGCCGGACCCAGACCCAGACCCGGACCUGGACCUGGACCUGGACACAGAGCCAACAUGUUGUGGAAGUCCCGAUCUAAGACCGAAGUCGCGCAGGAGCGCGCAGACGGACUCAGCGGGCCUCCGAGUGGCCGCCUCCCGCAGCUGUCUUCCCUGAACCAGGCUGCCUACUCAUCGGCCCCCCCGCUCUGCCACACGCCGGCCUCGGACUUCCAGCCUCCCUACUUCCCUCCCCCCUACCCGCAGUCCUCGCUGCCGUACUCCCAGAGCCAGGACUCGGCCUACUCCCACCUGUCGGACCCCUACCCCUCCAUCAACUCCAUCCAUCAGCACCAGCAGGCCGCCUGGCACUCCCAGAGGUCACACUCCGAUGAGGGGGUGCUGCUGUCUCAGUCUCACCGGGCUCUGAGCCUGGACCCCCGCCGAGACUAUCCCGCCGUCCCGCGGCUGCUGCACGGCCUCGGGGAGGGGGCCGCGGCGCUGGGGGACGGACCUCUGGGGAUGCACCUGGGCCACCACGGCCUCGAGGAGCUGCAGGGGAUGGAGGAAGGAUCAGCCCUGGGCAUCCUAGACCACUCAGUCAUUAAAAAAGUUCCCAUCCCAUCCAAACUGAACGGCUCGGCUCUGUCGGCGCUGUCCAUCAGCAAAGAGGGUCUGGGUGUUGGCUCCGUGUCAAAUCCAGCUGAGGUCUUCUGUUCGGUUCCUGGUCGCCUGUCACUGCUAAGCUCCACCUCCAAAUACAAGGUGACUGUGGGCGAGGUGCAGCGCCGCCUCUCUCCACCCGAGUGCCUCAACGCUUCUCUGCUGGGAGGUGUCCUGCGCAGGGCUAAGUCAAAGAAUGGUGGCCGCUGUCUCAGAGAGCGUCUAGAGAAGAUUGGCCUCAACCUGCCCGCUGGGCGACGCAAGGCUGCUAACGUUACCUUGCUGACAUCUCUGGUGGAGG